CUUUUUUUUUCUUUUGUUGUUUUUUUUUGCCGAGAUCUAUAUAAACGCGUGUUCUGUCUUUCUAGCCUAGCAUCUCAGCAAGAUGAAGCUAUUACUAGCAUUCGUUCUAUGCGUAUUGACAUGCCAACUCUCUGUUUCAGGAUUUACACUUCAAUUCACUGGAAACUCAGAAGUAAUAAAAGAAUUAAUCGAACCUCUGACAUUAAAAUGCUCAUUUCAGAUUUUAGACGACCAAGAAAUGGAAAAAUCAACAACACAAUCAAUAUAUAUAUUUCAUGAAACAAAAGGUUUCAUUGCAACACUAUCUAAAGAUCAACCUCUUGUUACUACCAACUUACAAAUAAACUCUACCUCUGUCGAAGGCGAACUCUAUUACAACGUAUCUAAAGACUCCUAUCUUCAAAUUACAUGGCAAAACCCUACCUCCUCAGAAUCUGGAAAAUAUUUCUGUGGAGCCCAUGUCCAGAACUCGAAAGAAAAAAGUGAAAGUUUUGGUAGAAUGCUAACAAUAACUGUUGAAAGGCCGACGUUUGAUGAUUUGCUUAAAAAUGUGGUUGGCAUAAAAAAACAAACAGAAGAAAAUAGGAAACGUCUACAAAGUAAUGAACAAAGAAUAAAAAGCAUUGAAGAAAACUUUAGAUCUAAUCUAAUAGACUUAAACAUAUUUAAAGACAAAUUGAUAAAGUUCGAGGAAGGUAGUUCAAAUUCUCAAACAGAAUGGAUGAGAGAAAUUUACAAAGAUAUGAACAAUCAAGUUUUAAAAAACGCAAACACACAAGUGUUUCUUUGGCAGCAUUUAAAUGUUACGAAUUCUACCCUGAGUGCAUUGACUAACCCACUGUUUCUAGCUUCAACCAGCUACAAUGGUACGCUAUAUCUGUUGUCCAAUGCAAGAUUAAUUAAUAAUAGCCUCCUCGCCCAAGAGAUUUGUGAAUUACUAGGGGGCUAUCUCGUGGAAGUCAACACCCGGAAUGAGUUUGAUUUUCUGAGAAAUUUCUUAAAGAGCGUCAAAUCACCGCCAGAGUCUGUUUACACCGGAGGAACGGAUGAAGAUCAUGAAGGCUAUUGGAUCAACAGAUUUAGCCAAACGCCUAUGAAAACAUUUUGGGCUAGUCACCAACCUGAUGACGGAUCUUUAGCUCAACACUGCCAGACAUUCUGGCAGAAGUACGAUUGGUAUAUGGACGAUCUUGAGUGCGUUCAUAAGCCUAAUUCAGAUUCAACAGUUGGAUUUAUGUGUGAGAUCCAAAAAUAAAAAGCACAUUAUGAAUA